AUGGCGGACCAGCCCGCUGAGGCGGCCCCGGCCCCCGCCGCCCCGGCCCCCCCCGCCGCCCUGCCCCUGCCGGCCCCGCCGGGCGGCUCGCAGCGGCUCCUCUUCUCCCACGACCUGGUGUCGGGCCGCUACCGCGGCUCGGUGCGGUUCGGCCUGGUGCGCCUCAUCCACGGCGAGGAUUCGGACUCGGAGGAGGAGGAGGGCGGACGCGGGACCGGCGGCGGCGGCGGCGGCGCCGCCAGCUCGGGAGGCUCCGAGUCGGGAGGGCCCGGGGCCGGCGGGGCGGAGGAGGGCCGCGCCAGCCCGCUGCGGCGGGGCUACGUGCGGGUGCAGUGGUACCCGGAGGGCAUCAAGCAGCACGUCAAGGAGACCAAGCUGAAGCUUGAAGAUCGCUCUGUGGUCCCUCGAGAUGUGGUCAGACAUAUGAGCUCCAGCGACAGCCAGUGUGGAACUGUAAUUGAUGUCAACAUAGAGUGUGCUGUGAAGCUGGUAGGAACCAACUGCAUCCUCUACCCUGUCAACAGCAAAGACCUGCAACAUAUCUGGCCUUUCAUGUAUGGUGACUACAUAGCCUAUGACUGCUGGCUGGGCAAGGUCUAUGAUUUGAAGAACCAGGUCAUCCUCAAGCUUUCCAAUGGAGCCAGGUGUUCUAUGAGCACAGAAGACGGAGCCAAGCUGUAUGACGUUUGUCCUCACGUCAGUGACUCGGGUCUCUUCUUUGAUGAUUCAUAUGGCUUUUAUCCUGGGCAAGUCCUCAUCGGGCCUUCUAAAGUCUUCUCCAGUGUGCAGUGGCUCUCAGGUGUGAAGCCUGUUCUGAGCACGAAGAGCAAGUUCAGAGUGGUGGUGGAAGAGGUACAGGUGGUAGAACUAAAGGUUACUUGGAUCACUAAAAGCUUCUGUCCUGGAGGUACUGACAGUGUGAGCCCUCCUCCCUCUGUAAUCAGCCAGGAGAACCUGUCCAGGGUAAAGCGUCUGGGGUGCUUUGACCAUGCCCAAAGGCAGCUUGGGGAAAGGUGCCUCUAUGUGUUCCCGGACAAAGUGGAACCUGCAAAAAUCACCUGUGAAUGUCCUGAGAGGAACUGUGUCCUGGGUGAAGGAUCAGUUGCCAAAAAGGUGAGGCGGCUGCUGAAGAAGCAGAUAGUGAAGAUCAUGUCAUGUUCCCCUGAGUCUCAGGGUACCAGUGAAGCCCCUGAUAAAGAGUCUGCUGCAGCUGCUGACCAAAAAUCAGAAGAGCUUAAGCCUGGAUCAAAGUGUGAGCUGGAUGACUCUUCCAACAGCGCACCGAGUCCUGGGGAGAGAAAGGAAGAGCAGCCUGAAGAAACGGGGAAGGAGAAAGGGGGAGCAGCAGCACGACAGCAGCAGCCUCCCUUUCUGCUGAAAGACGAAGGGUCAUCCGACUACCGGCUUCAGUCCGUGGAGCAAGAUGCUGAUGAUGAGGCAGCUGAUGACACUGAUGACACUAGCUCUGUCACCUCUUCUGCUAGCUCCACUGCCUCAUCUCAGAGUGGCAGUGGCACUGGCCGCAAGAAGAGCAUCCCCCUUUCCAUCAAAAACUUGAAGCGGAAGCACAAGAAGAAGAAGACGAAGAUUUCACGAGAGUUUAAGCCAGGAGACAGGGUUGCUGUAGAAGUGGUGACUACCAUGACUUCAGCUGAUGUGAUGUGGCAGGAUGGCACUGUGGAGACAAACAUUCGCUCCAAUGAGUUGAUUCCAGUCCAUCAUCUGGACAACAACGAGUUCUGCCCUGGGGAUUUUGUGGUGGACAAAAGAGCUCAGAGCUCCCAGGAUCCGGGGUUAUAUGGAGUUGUGCAGUCUGGUGACCAUAUUGGCCGUACCUGUGUGGUGAAGUGGUUCAAGUUGAAAUCCAGUGGAGAUGAUGUGGAGCUGAUCGGGGAGGAGGAGGAUGUGAGUGUGUAUGAUAUUGCUGAUCAUCCAGACUUUCGCUUCCGCACUACUGACAUUGUGAUUCGCAUUGGCAACUCAGACGGAGCCACAGCUAAGGAAGAUGAGCCUUCAGUUGGACAGGUGGCUCGUGUGGAUGUCAGCAGUAAAGUGGAAGUGGUAUGGGCUGAUAACUCCAAGACUAUCAUUCUACCACAGCACUUAUACAAUAUUGAAUCAGAAAUUGAGGAGUCGGACUACGAUUCUGUUGACGGCAGCACCAGCGGGGCAUCUUCUGAGUGGGAGGAUGAAAGCGACAGCUGGGAGACAGACAAUGGCCUCAUGGAAGACGACCACCCAAAAAUUGAGGAGUUAGAGCCUGAGGAGCCGGCAGCAGAGGAGGUGAAAAAAGUAGAGGAACAAGUCCAGGGAGCUGUGGCUAUGGCAGUUGCAGAUCUUGCUGCAGAGAAAGCUGGCAAGGACGGAGCCCCAAAGAGCUUCCGGGAACUAAAGGAGGCCAUCAAGAUCUUGGAAAGCCUGAAAAAUAUGACUGUGGAGCAGCUGCUGACUGGCUCUCCCACCUCCCCAACUGUGGAGCUGGAAAAACCCACUCGGGAGAAGAAGUUCUUGGAUGAUAUUAAAAAGCUGCAGGAAAAUCUAAAGAAGACCUUGGAUAAUGUGGCUAUUGCAGAGGAGGAAAAGAUGGAAGCCAUGGUGGAGACAGAGAAGAAAGAAGAAAAAGCAGAAGCGCAGACACCAGUGAGGUCAGAGUGGCCCAGUGAGACACCAGUGCUCUGCCAGCAGAGUGGAGGCAAGCCUGGAGUCACCUUCACCAGUGCCAAGGGAGAAGUCUUCUCUGUGUUGGAGUAUGCUCCAGAUACCCAUGCCUUCAAGAAAAUGGAGUUCCAGCCCCCAGAAGCAAAGAAGUUUUUUAGCACUGUGCGGAAAGAGAUGGCUCUCCUGGCCACCUCCCUGCCUGAUGGCAUCAUGGUUAAAACCUUCGAGGAUCGAAUGGAUCUCUUCUCAGCACUUAUAAAAGGGCCCACGCGCACGCCGUAUGAAGAUGGCCUCUUUCUCUUUGAUAUCCAGCUCCCCAACAUCUACCCUGCUGUCCCACCUCUCUUCCGCUACCUCUCCCAGUGCAGUGGGAGACUGAAUCCCAACCUGUACGACAAUGGCAAAGUGUGUGUCAGCCUCCUGGGAACAUGGAUAGGCAAGGGGACAGAAAGGUGGACCAGUAAAUCCAGUCUCCUUCAAGUACUCAUCUCCAUCCAAGGUCUCAUCCUAGUGAAUGAGCCCUACUACAACGAGGCGGGCUUUGACAGCGACCGGGGCCUCCAGGAGGGCUAUGAGAACAGUCGCUGCUACAAUGAGAUGACCCUGAUCCGGGUGGUGCAGUCCAUGAUGCAGCUGCUGCGCAGGCCAGUGGAAGUCUUUGAACACGAAAUCCGUGAACAUUUUCGCUGCAAUGGCUGGCGCCUGGUGUCCCGCAUCGAAUCCUGGCUGGAGACGAACGAGCUGGUGGAGCGGAGCCACGAACAGGCCAAUGGGGCAGAUUCUGCCUCCCUUCACUCUGCCUGCGGCACCCUGGCCGAGAGCCCAGGAGACAAUGCAGGGUCGCUGGGGGAGUACGGCAGCAGCUCGGAGCAGGGGGCUGCCGCCGAACUUUCCGACUCCGCACUCGACGGGAAGGAGGAGCUGGAGGAGUCGGAGUUCAUGACCUCGACGCCCAAUGCUGGUGAUCUUCAACAGUACUCAGACUCGGAGAGCACAGGCCAAGCCAGGGGGGUAGACCUGGCCAGAGACCGAACGGACGAGGGGAAGGCUGCCCAGGACUCUGCCUUGCAGCCUAGUGUGAAACCAAAGAAAAGGAGAAAGAGCUACAGGAGUUUCCUUCCGGAGAAGAGCGGUUACCCUGAUAUUGGGUUCCCCCUCUUCCCUUUGUCCAAGGGGUUCAUUAAAAGCAUCCGCGGUGUCUUGCAGCAGUACCGGGCUGCCUUAGCAGGGGCCAAUAUCCCAGAGUGGACAGAGGACAAAUAAACCAUCAGGUUAGGGACAGGCAGGUGCAGGGGAGAAGGGAAAGCAGCAGAAAGGAAAUUGGCAAACGCUGUUACCAGUAAACUGGCUUCUCCUUCCAGCUUUUCUUCCUCAGCUUGGUUUGUUCCAAAGAAGGUGGUAGGCUUGAUUGCUCCUCCGAGGAAAGGUUGUCUAAGCAUGAAUAACUCUUUGCCCCCAGCCCUUCUUCCUUCCCCCUGUCCCAUGUACGUGCUCCUCUUGCGAGUUUGACCCUGCAAUGGUAAGAUUUGAGACCUGCACAGAAGCAGUCUUGCAGCCACGUUCCCUCUGCACUUUCAUCUUGGGGCACCUUUCCACACAAGGACUCUUCCCACCCAGCACUGCACCCAGCAGUUUGUUCUGCUGGGGGCUCAAGCCAGGAGAAGUCAUUGCUGUAGUAUCUGGAGGUGAAGGGCAAUGCCUUCCCAGUCUUUCAUUUUUCUCUGCGUUACCAUGGGUUUUAUGAAGUCUACCCCAGCUUAUAUGUACUUAGACAUUGGAUUGUGUUUGCAUUGAAGUUGUCUACACCAUAUGGAGUUGCUCUAGUCUUAGUUGUUCACCGAUAGCUACGAGUUUCUUCCGAUCCGGACUUGGUAGGCAAAACCAGAGCUCUGCGCUAGCACUUGUGCUGCCCUGGUAGCGCUGCAGGGUUUCCAUCCAGUUCUGUAGCUUCUGGUCGGUCUUCUGGAAGCAAUUCUAGCCAUCCCCACUUCUUUUUCUCCAGGGUAAGGCAAACUUCCCUUUCCCCACCAUGCAUGCCUGUCUUCUAGAAAUACAUGGGAUUCAGGGUUCUGCCCUUAUUACUUAGGUAUCUGCGUCUUUCGUUCCCAGCCAUCCUGGCUGUCACACAGCACUACAUCUACCCCUGGAUCUCGUCCUCGCCUGGGCAGGCGGCAGCAAGUGAUCUUGGGGCGUAUUGUUGAUCUAGCAGCUAGUCUGGAUGGUGAACCUGGCACAGCUGCUGCUUCUCCGUCGUUCGGCUGUAGAUGGGUUUUUCGGAGCUGUUUGAGCCAGGGUACCCGAGGGAAAGGAGCUGUUGUGUCAUGACAAAGUCCUGUUGUAGCAGCAGCAGUCUGUGACCAUUCCUGUGCUGUUACUCAGCCAGCAACUGGAGCACAUCAGACACUGAUGCGGACUGUUAUCAAUUCCUUCCCUUGCCAGCUGUUUCCCAUGGUGGCCUGGGUCCAUUGUGGCCUGCAGUGUUGUGGGCACAGCACAUGCUAUCCCUAAUCUCAACUGCAGCACUGCUGUGCCACUUUGGGAAACGGCUGGCAGGAUCAGCCCGUGUUUCAGCAGCAAGAGAGCUGUCUGAGCUGGUGACCGUGAGCACUUUGAAGCAGUGACUUGCCAGAGUCUCCUGGUCAAGACACCUUCCUGAAGCCUCUUUUUCUGUGUGCACGCACGCACUUGCACUUCUGGAGCUGGGAGAUCGCACUCCAGCACUAUUGCAUUUGCCCAAUGUUUAGGCAUUGGAGAAGCACCCUCUUAGCAUCCAUGUGGAGCACAGUCUGUCAGGGAGAGUCCGUUGGUCCUUCCAGCCAGCACAGGGAGCCGGUGGUGCCAGGCUUCCCAGGGAGGAGUUGGGCUGAGCAGUUGGCUCUGCCAGAACUAAGGAUGGAGACAAAACUCUCCUUUGCUCUUGCUCAGUAUGGCUGUCUCCCUUCCCCCCACCCGCGCCAGGAUCUGGCCUUCUCGUUUUGAAAUGGAGAACAGCAGGCGAAUCUCAGCACGUUUGCGCAGUGCUUUCUGCUCCUUGAAAUGCCAGGUCCGCACCCACUGGCCGAAAUCCCCUCACCCAGCUCCCUGCGCCUGCGAUUUCCAGCUGCCCCUGUGAUGCUCCAGAGCCACGAGGCUGGCUACGCAAAGCCCUUCUCGUGUCACCAUCCACUGCCGGCAUUUUGGAGGGCACGUCCUGCUCUCGGCACUCUGGAAGAAGCAGAGCUUAGCUGUGAACAAAGACCUGGGCUUGCAGAGCUCUCCAAGCACUGGUCUGUGGGUGGAUCGCCUGUGCAGCAGCUCUGGCCCUGCUCUGGCAGGCAGGAGGUCGGGCAGUGUGGCAGACCCCCAUCCGGGGUGCAGAGAGAUGCUCUGAGCCACAGGCAGGGCAGCGUGAACUGCAUGUGUAACUCGCAGCCGCUUUCUGGCUGUGGCUGGUGCUAAAUGAAUGAAUCCCCUUUGAGCAAGGAGCGGGGUGUCUCCAAGAUAUAAAGGGCCGAUUGGGGCAGAGGGGUGAGGCUGUAGCUUCAGGGCAGGGAAAGGGCAGGCAGAGAGGCUUGUUCCGCAAAUGAUUAAACCUCUUACCCGACAAAAUUGCGGUUGGUGGUCUACAGACGCUGACUUCCUCUGUCCCCUGUGCCGGGCUGCGGCUGUCCUUAGCCCCACCAGCCAGGGAGGGAGGGAGAAAAAACCCUUUGGGGCCGGGCUGAGCUGUGGCUGGGGAUGGAGGGACGGAGGAGCUCCAGGGUUCCCUGCUUUGCCCACCCUUUGCUCUCUGCAGCUGUCAUCUCAUGGGGAAGGCGGUCAGCCUGCCCACCCGCCUGGGGAGGAGGGCAGGCAGCCAGCCAGCGCUGCUGGUGUGAGCUGCUCGAGUCCUCCCCUUUGCCCAAGAAGUCUCUUUGUUUCUUCUGAUCGUAAUCAAGAGCUUUUGCACAGGUUCCUGGGGCUUCCUACCGAUGAGCUGUGUAUUGGCCUUCUGGGAAGGGGAUGCUACUCCCGGGCUGCCGCUACCCCUGCCAUCGCUCGCUCUCUAGCUGGCUGUCCCAAACCGAGGCGAGGCGUGCACGGAGGUUUACAAAUUUUCUAAAGCUUUUGAUAAUGUGAAGCUCCUGGGUGAUGAGGUUGGUGGUGAGCACACUGCAGCUAUGUAAUUUUUUGUGUAUGUAUGUAAUAUUUAAGGGUAACAAAAUUUAAAAGGCUAAAACCUUAAAAAAAAAAAAUUUAAAAACACACAAAAAAAGCCAAAGCAUGAUGCAUAUUGUUAGCCUUAAAACUGGCUACAUGACUGUGUGAUGUACAAAUGAGAGCAGCCUGUAACUGUUUUAAGUGCUGGGGUUGGGGAAGAAGCAUUACAAAAUCAGUUUGUAGCCUUGAUUCUGUACAGUAUUUAAUGAAGAAAAAAAAAAAAAAAAAAAGACCUGACUAUUGAGGCCAUGCUUAGAGGUGUGUCGUUCACGUGCAGAUGUGGAUGCUUGGUUGCUUACGAUAUAUGUAUAAAGUGCUGUGUGACCAUUAAAACUUUUUUUACCUGCAGAAUUUUUUUUUGUUUGGCUAACCAAGGUGUAAUAAAGGAGGGAAGAUGACUUGCCAUUAAAUUUUGCCUCUGUGAGUA